GCCCAGGAUGCCAGUCAAUGACUGCCGGUGACGAUUACUGCCCAUUCUCCCCCGCACAGGCACCUUUAUGGACAUGUCUGACAGCCCAACAACCCUUCCUCGUUUUACUCCCGCCUUUGAAAUGUGCAUAACAACGCACCCGUUAUGCAACUCUCGAUCACGUCCGAGCAUGCCAAUACAAAAAGCACAGCUCCCUCUUUUCUUUCUGUCCGUUACGUCCAUUCGCCACCCCUACCCACCCUCUUCCCUCGUCCAAACCCUCAUCCCGGUUGUCGCGCGCUAGCCAACGAACAAUGCUCCUCUCCGCCGUCGUCCUGCCAACGAUCGUCUCACUCGCGCUAGCCGUGCCGCGUCCGAGACAGGAUUUCUGCGACAUGCGGGCCUGCUUGAACGACCUGCGCAUACCCGAUUUGCCCGGCUGCAUGGCGCUGGCGGCGGAUGAGAAUGCCCCAUCUUCAUCGGAAGUCCUCGUCGAGCAAGUGCUUUGUUUGCGCAGCGCGUAUUCGUUGUUCGAGUAUGCUUCCUCCGCGUGUGAGCCCUGCAUGGAAGCGCUCGGGAUACCCGACCUCGACGUCGACGCCUCAGAGCCCAUAAAAGCGUGGCCUUCCAUUAUCGCCCCCUCCGACGUGGACCAUCCCUUGUACGCAGCGAUGGCAGCGGAGGCGUCGCUCUUCCGCGCCGAGGACCAACUCACGAAGCAGGAAGCGCUGGACGCCGAGCGAGAGUGGCGGAGAUUGCGAGCAGUGUUCAACCCAGGAGAGCGAGCACUUUCAGCGGCGCAGGCGAAGGCUGAUCGCCCGCAAAUGGGGCACCUUUUGAGGGACGUUCUGUCUUUUGGGAUCGAGCAUUGGUGGUGAUGUACGGGAACGAAAUGAAUGAUGAUCAAUGACCACCGAUGGAGUCGCUAUGGCUGGCCGAGUCGCGAGUUCGCCAGGUCGGGGACAUUUCGUACGAGCUGCUGGUCAACUUAUUGCAUCCACCAUCUCUAUUUAUCUUACUGCUACGUCUAUUCAGAUUGCUACAUCGAAACCACGAAUUAGUGCAAUAAAUCAAGUCAAAGCCAGGAUGGGGUCUAGAGAAUGAUGAACGGCUUCACUUCCAC